AUGACGUCAUCUGACACAUUAUCACCAAGCAAAUUUACUAAACAUAUUCUCUAUCAAACAUGUCUUGGUUUUUCAUGUGCUAUACGUGGUUUUAUUCUUUCAUGGAAUAAUACUUAUGUAUGGAAAACACAACGCCGUUCAUUUGUAUCUCUUCUGGCAUGCACACUUUCCAUUUAUGUUAUACUUUUUAUUAUUUUUCUACCAUUUCGUUUUAUUGUAUGGUUAAUUUCAUUUGCGUAUACAUUUGCACCAUCAAUUAUUGAUUGGUUUGAACAUGUUUCAUCAGCACGAACACUUCUUUACAAACUUAUCACAUUUAUACCAUUACUUGCUGUAUUUGUAAUGAAUAAUUUAUUAGGAUAUGAUAAACUAUUCUUUUCUGUACUUGCUUCCGUUAAUCCAUCAUUAGCUGAACGUCUUAAUUCUCGUGCUCGACAACCAUUUCUAAGUUCAUUAUAUUUUUUUCUUCGUCGUACACUUCAAAUCUUUAUCAUUGUAACAUGUAUACAUUUUUUUCGUUCCAUACCAUAUAUUGGCCACCUUGUACCAGCUCUUUGGGUACUUAAAUACGCACGUUAUACAAUAACAAAUACAAAACAUGUUUAUUUACGUGCAACAUUUUUAAUUCUACUUUUUCUAUUAAUUAUUUUUAAAUCAUUACAUCCAUAUACAUUAUCAUUCUUACAUUUACAAAUGGCAAGUACAGCAUUAGCGCGUGAAUUAUUUGAUACAUAUUUAUCACGUAUACAUACACAAACAGUAGCGAAUCAUCGCCCAAUCAAUAUCAAAACACAAGCACCACCGUCACGUUAUCAAUUUUUAGGUUUUCUUGUUCCGGCAUUAUUUCAUCCAUUAUUUAAUUGGCAAGUCACAUCUGAUAUUGAUAAACCACCAAAUCAAUUAACUUUACCACAUAGAAAAAUUACACAUUUUUUACGUGAAAAUUAUUUUAUUUUACUUGCAUUUGCAUUUCCUUAUGUAUUUGUUUUUUCAAUUCCAUUAUUAGGUUUUUUUUGUGUAGGUUUUGCACAUGGUGCUGCUGCCUAUACAUUAGCUGUCGUUACAAAAUAA